GCCAUAGCUUUUCGUCAGUGGAAUUUCAAACUCCCAAUGGAGAGGUUGUGUCUUAAAAGUCGUCUGGAAAAUUACUCAAAGUGACCACAAGUCAAGUCAAGAAUUUUGUCGAUUAAAGUGUGAUCAGAUCACUUAAUCUGAGUGGAAAUUUUCAAAGAUGGAAUUCCAGCUGGAAUCAAAUUUGCUACGUGAUGGAAGUGGACAGAAUAAGGCACCACCGAGCGGGACGUUCCGUCGAAUCAAACCGGACACCAAAUUUCUGGAGGGGGAAGAAGUGGAAGGUGUGCAUCUUUUGACGGACUAUGAUCUGGUCCGUGAAUUGCAAGUGCGUUUGGGCAAAUUUAUUCCCAAAGGAAAAAAGGAUUUCUUUUCGGCAAUGUGGCCCGUCUCCUUGUCGACGGAUAACGUCCAUUUGCUGGCAUCCGAGCCUUAUGUAGUGGCUCCCAAGCCUACUGGACCACGCUUCUUUCUCUACGCCGAUCCUUCCGGCGAUAUAUUUUUGGAAAAUAUGACGCAGCACAUCUUCCGUGUCGACGAGGAUCACGCCAUCAAGAUGGAAUCGUUCGACGGUCGCCCCAUCACCGACACCCUUCUAGAUGGCAUCGUAACAAGAGAAAAAUUAAACGGUGCUGACGCCAGUUGCGAUGGAAACGGAGAAGAUGGAACUACUGGGAAAUUGACUUUCGUCAUGUGUGACGCUAUAAGAUGCAAUGGAAAGGAUCUGACCAGCUCGAGCAUUCUCCAACGUAUCGCAUGCGUCAGGGAUGAAAUAAUGAAACCGCGAAUGUUUGCCAUGAAAAACCGGAUGAGAUCCGACGACAAAGAGGCGUUUGAUUUGGAUAUUGUCGAGUACCACGAAGCCCAUCAGGCGGAAAAUUAUUUGUCUCGUGAAUUUGUUGAACGUUACAAAUAUCCAUUUCGUUCGCUUGUAUUUUUCCCUCGAAAAAAGCUCUACCGCAGCUUUACUAAUAAGGACAGCUUUCAGUGGCAAGAAGGGGAUAUUCAGGAGUGCAGCUUCCGUCUCAAAAUUCCAAAAGAAGUUAAAGAGCCCAAAGCAGGUCAACUUUAUGUAGGGGGCGGGGGCCCACAUGUGCAAGAAAUAGUUCACGGCCAAAUUGCGUUGACGGAGGAAAUUAAAAAAUUGGACGGCUGCAUCAUUGAUUGCCGCUACUUUGAUCACCAAUGGCUAUUCAUCAAGCAGCGCCAUGACCGCAAUUAUCCCAAUGGAAGGCGUUCAGUUAUGGGAAAACUGGCUGCGUUGGAAAAAGCGGUAUCUCGUGAUCUUCUGUUAACAAAUCUGGAGCAGUCAAAAGGAUUAAAUUAAAGUUGCUUUCCAGGUUUUAUCUUACCUUGUUUGUUUCGAACAAUUCGAGACUAUUAAUUUAUCCAGAACAUUUGCAAUAUUUUACCCUACUCUACCCGGAAAGUGUACCGUUUUAUAAUUGUAAUUUGUCCCAUUUUUGAAAAAUAAUAACGCGAUAACCAAGAAUAUUGCCUUAUUCUUGUAUAU